AUGCCGAAAUUCGCGCUGUAUGCAAGGCUCCGUGCAGCUGGCGAGGAGACUGGCAAGGACCGGCUGCGCGCGCGGCUCGUGUGGCUCCUGGUGGUGGCGGAGACGAUCUCCAUGCUUUGCUUUCCGCAAGUGGCCACCCUCACGCACGGAGCGUUCUUUCUGAUCCCGCUGGGGGCGCUCUUGCUAGCUGCCGCGAUCCGUCUUUACUCCAGGCCUGGCAUCCUACUGGCUGAGCCACUCUGUGUCGUCUGGCCUGACAACCAUUCACGACACGGCCUGGCGCGCGAGCAGGCGCCCAACCUUUGCUUUGGUGGCUUCGUGUGGGUACUGAAGCUUGUGUGCUGUUUGACCUUCUGGGCGAACCCCGAUGCUAUCAGCUUCCUAGAGGACGGUUGCCCUGACGCAGUCCCGCAGGCAAGCUGCAGCCAUUACACACGAAACGAUAAACGUACUUUCUGUGUGGACAUACAUCUUCUCGUGGAGCCGCUAAAGCUAGGUGCCAGGUGCCAAGCGCCAAAAGCUUUAUGCAAAUGA